AUGAGACUUUCUUUCAAGAACCUUUCGCUAAUAUCGGCGCCUUAUGAGUGCGACCUCAAUAUUUUGGACGAGGUGGUUUAUUUGAAGGGUGUUCGCGAGAACGAGAAGAAGGCUUCCCCGCAAUCGCUGGUUCGAGGCUCGUUGACGUUGAGAGUGAGAAAACAGGUUGAGAUAAACCAAAUUUGCGUGAGAUUUUCAGGGAAUCAUCGUGCCAAAUUAUUCAUUAGGGAACCCGAUCAAAACACCGUGAAUCCCGUUGACAAACACGUGAAUAAAUCGUUGAUCGAUGACAGCUACAAAUGGGUCUUUGACCAGGAUAUGCAUGUCUUCCAGCCUGGAACAUACAACUUCCCCUUUCAGUUUGCGAUCAGUCCACAACUUCCCGCCUCCAUAGAGCAUGCCUGUGGUGAUGUUAGAUACCAAGUUACUAUGAAUAUUCUCACCAAAGACCCAACUCUGGCGAAAAAAGCUGUGCAACCCAUUACUGUGAUCAGAUGCGUGUCGGACCUGAUCGAGAUAUCGUGCCAAACUGUUGUUGCUAUGGGCUGCUGGAGAAAUUUGCUUUACUACGAACUAAUGAUAUCCAACAAAACCUUGGUCAUCGGUGAAGAUGUUGCCAUUGAGAUUAAGAUCUUUCCUCUACAUGAACACAGAUAUAAGGUGCAUGGAUUGAAAGUGAUACUCGAACAGAAGAUCGAAUACUCUGUUAAGGGUCUCCCCUGUCAAUACCGUUCGGCUUUCUCCAAGUGUCAUAAGAUCCAUCUGAAGACGUAUGAUUACCAUGGUCGUCAGGGAUAUGUUCAGGAGAAGAUUUCUUUGCCAAUACAGCAUGAUUACUCGAGGACAUAUCCAGAAACUCUCGACUUGCAAAUUCACCCAUGCACAGACAACAAGAACGAUGUUUGCAAUUUCAAGAUUUCGCACAACUUGAAGUUAGGCAUUAUAUUGGAGGAAAUCAGCGAGAGAUCUGAGUCUCCAAGACCAAGUCUCAGCCAUUCCAUCAACAGCAUCAACUCCAUCGUUUCGGAGACUUUGUUUCCAGCCUCUCGCUCAAGUUCGAGAACUUCUGAAACUACGAAUCAGUCUGAAUCAGAUUUGAAGGCUCCUCCCUUUGAGGAACGCACCAUGGAGUGGGUCUCAAGAAAUGCCAAACUCAUCCGUGAGGAUUCAAGAAACUUGGAUGAGAAGGUGGACUUGUCGUUGAUGACUCCAAUAUAUUUGCUGGACUCCAGAUCAUGGGAUGGUCAACUGCCUCCUCCAUCAUAUUCUGCCCUUCCAGCCUCUCGUCUUUGCGAACCAAGCUCGGUCGAGAAACUUUACCACGGAAAGUGUAAGCGUCUUGAAAAUAUGCCACCAGCCUAUAACGAUGUGUCUGCAUUUUAA